GUAAUCCCACUUCUCAAAGGUGGAUCUGCCUUCUCUCAAGACUUCAAGCACUUUGUCAUACCUGAAAAUUUUAAGCCAGCACAAGUACUGAGUUUUAUAAAGUUGUCUGAUAAUCAUCUGAUAAACAAUAAGAAACUGCAUUAUAGUAUUGCUGAGGAAGAUGAUGUUCAUUUUGAAAUAGAUAGCUUGACAGGAGAUAUUUUUCUUUCCAAUGAACUUGACUAUGAAACAGCUUCACACUUUCUUUUGCAAGUAACUAUAAAGGAUUAUGAGAAUACUCCUCCCCAGAAUACCACUGUUUUCCUAAGUAUUGAUGUAGAAGAUCAAAAUGACCAUUCUCCACAUUUUCAAGAUGAUUUUGUAGUGAUUGGCAUAGAGGAAAAUGUACCUGUUGGCACUCUGGUGUACACAUUCAACGCAAAAGAUGGAGAUGGCAGUUUUCUGAACAGUAAAAUAAAAUAUUCCAUGGAAACGAAUAGCUUGGGUGAAAAUCCAUUUCUUAUUCAUCCUUCAUAUGGCACGUUGAUCACAGCAUUUCCACUUGACAGAGAGAUUACUUGCUCUGUGAUUCUUACAGUGUCUGCAAUAGACCAGGCAAUAAAUCUGACUGAUCGCAAACUUGAUUCCCUGACUGCAAAAAUUGUUGUUUUAGAUAUUAAUGACAACAGUCCUAUUUUUACAUCUUCCCCUCUUUCCUAUGUCAUGGAGAAUGUGGAAGCAGGCUUCCUUGUUCACCGCAUAGCUGCAAGGGAUCCAGAUGAAGGAAAAAACGGACAAGUAACAUAUCAUAUUCUUUCAGGCAAUGAAAACGAAACAUUUAUAUUGGAUAAGGUCACAGGACUGCUAUCUACGUCACUGCUUUUGGACCGUGAGACUCAAGAACGCUACAAUUUGGCAAUUAUGGCUCUUGAUGAUGGCAUCCCAGCUCUCUCCGCAACUCAGAUUCUCACUGUAGUUGUUCUUGAUGUGAAUGAUGAGAGACCAAUAUUUCUGAAGCAAACUUAUGAAACUGCAGUCUGUGAAAACCAAGAUCCAGGGGAGUUUGUCGUAAUGGUAGAAGCUGUGGAUAGAGAUUCAGGACUGAAUUCCUUGCUUCACUAUGAAAUCUUACCAGGAAGUGGUUAUGGGAAUUUCAGGAUGAACUCGGACACUGGAAAGAUUGUGACAACCAUAUCACUGGACAGGGAAACUGAGGAGACUUUCUAUAUUAAAGUUUUGGUUCGAGAUAGUGGAACUCCUUCACUUUCAAGCACAGUGACAGUUGUCUGCAAAGUACUGGAUGAAAAUGAUUACUCUCCAAAAUUUCUUUUUCCUGUCUCUGAGAUUUAUAUUCUAGAGAAUCAACAGCCUUCUAUAGUUCACACUGUCUUGGCGGUAGAUGAGGAUAAGGGCAAUAACGGAGCUCUAAGAUAUGAAAUUAUUGGUGGAAACGCUGGAGAAUACUUCACACUAAAUAGUACUUCAGGAAAACUGUUGGCCGUUCGUAGCUUAGACAGAGAAGAUAUUAGCAAUUUCACUCUUGUCAUUGAGUGCCAUGACCUGGGCAACCCUCCAAGAAGCUCUACUGCCCAGUUAUAUAUAACAGUCUUGGAUGAAAAUGACAACAACCCAUUAUUUGCAAAGCACCACUAUCAAAUCUCUGUGAGAGAAGAUCUUCAAGAAGGUUCAGCUGUCAUGGAACUUUUUGCUUCUGAUGAAGAUGAUGGGCUGAAUGGUGAAGUUAUGUACUCUGUCAUUGAUGACACCUUUGGAGCAUUUGCUAUUGAUAGUGUAACUGGUUCUAUAGUUACUACUCAGAUAUUGGACCGGGAGACCAAAUCAGUGUACACAUUUAGGGUGGUGGCAAGUGACUGCAGCCCCCAUUUACCAAGAAGCACCACUGUCAGCGUUCUGGUGCACGUUGAAGAUGUAAAUGACAAUGAUCCGGUGUUUUUACAGAAUCCUAUCAAAGUCUUUGUACCUGUUGAAACCUCUGUGAAUGAGACAGUAGCCACUGUUAGAGCUGAGGACGUGGAUCUGGGGCCGAACGGAUCUAUUGUUUUCAGUUUGAUCGUACCAGGACCUCUAUUUCAGAUUGACAGGCAUACAGGUGACAUCAUCCUUCAAGAGCCCUUGGUUUCCAAAGACUUCAGUACCCAACUGCUAGUGAUGGCUGUGGAUCAAGGUAUCUCCCCUCGAACAGCCACAGCUAUGGUAGCUCUCUUCACAGAGGAAAAAGAGGAGGAGAUUUCAUUUAGUCAGAGCUUCUACGAAGCAAGCGUGCCUGAGAACAGUGUGGCAGGUACAUCACUUGUAACUGUAGAAGCUUAUGAACAGAAAAUAACAGGAGAAAGCAUAAAAUACAGCAUCUUCAGUGACAAAGAAAACAUAUUCUCUAUACAUCCCAUCACAGGUGUGAUCACAGUAAAAAAACCCAAGUUUCUUGAUUAUGAAGUUAAGAAUAAAGUACAUCUUUUAGUGUUGGCUGAAAAUAAUGGAAAUUCAGUGCUCGGUGAAGUGAUGGUUUGGAUACAAGAUGUGAAUGACAAUGCACCUAAAUUUGAGCAAAGCUAUUAUAAAGCAUCAGUAUGGGAAGGACAAAUUCCUAAAACAGAUAUCAUACAGGUAUUUGCAACUGACCUUGACAGUGGGCUGAAUGGAGAAACUGAAUACUCAAUUGUAUCUGGUAAUGAAAAUGGAGCAUUCCUAAUUGAUUCGUCACGAGGGAUUUUAGCAACUAGUACAAUCCUAGAUUAUGAAAACACUUCAUCUUACAGAUUGGUGGUACAAGCUUCUGAUAAAGGAAAUCUUAGACUUUCUGGUACAAGCAUUGUGUGGAUACAAGUAGUGGAUGUCAACGACAACGCUCCGAUUGUCCAACCUCUCAGCAAAGUGGAAAUUCCCGAAAAUGUCCUGCCUGGUUUUACAGUGACUCGGGUCUCAGCAACAGAUGCGGACUCAACGCCAGCACUUCAGUUUGGUUUUAUUGAGGGUAAUAGUCCUGGAAUGAAGUUUGCUAUUGAUCAGUAUACUGGUGUAAUCACCGUGGUGGAACCACUGGAUUUUGAAGAGACUGCGGUGUAUAAGUUGGGAAUCAUAGUUUCAGAUUCUGUACAUCAAACGGAAGCAGAGCUCACUGUCCUUGUUUUGGAUGUCAACGAUAACCAGCCGGUGUUUACCCAGGAUUCAUAUCAGGUGAGCUUGCCAGAGCUCAUUUCUGUGGAUGUCGUUGUUCUGACAGUCUCUGCUGUGGAUAGGGAUUUGGAGUCUAAUGGAAUGAUUUCCUACAAAAUGCUUUCUUCCUCUGAGGGAUUUGCUGUUGAUCCUGAGAAUGGUUCAAUAUUCACGACUGAACCAGUGAUACACCUGGGAAAGAAUUCCACUUUUCGACUCCUUAUAGAAGCUAAGGAUAGUGGAAAUCCUGCUUUAAGCACAGUUACAUCUGUAGAGAUACAAAUCAAUGAUGUAAAUGACCAUGCCCCUAAGUUCACGACAGCAGUGUAUAAUCUCAGUGUGAGUGAGGAUGCCUCAGUUGGAGAAAGAAUCCUCACAUUUUCAGCCAUUGACUGUGACUGGGCACAUGAAAAUACACAUAUUGAAUACUCUAUUAUUGAUGGCAAUGCUGAUAAUCUAUUCUCUGUGGAAACAAGUCUUGUGGAAUUAGAAACAUCUUACAGACUUGUUGGCAAUCUUGUUUUGAGCAAUACCCUUGAUAGGGAAACUGCUUCUUCUCACUAUUUGGUCCUCCUUGCAUCUGAUCAUGGAUCACCUUCCUUAAAUUCAACUGCUACUGUACUAAUAACUGUACAGGAUGUUAAUGAUAAUCCACCGCUAUUUAACAACCUGGAGUAUCAUAUUCACGUCAAAGAAAGCAUUGCUAUAGGUAGCCGUAUCACCGAAGUUGCAGCAAGUGACUGCGAUGUAGGGGCUAAUGCAGAGAUCACUUAUACUAUCAGCUCUGGAAAUGACAAGGGUCAUUUUCACUUGGAUGAGAAAACAGGAUCAGUGGAUUUAAUGAAAACCCUGGAUUAUGAAGAUACUGUGAAGUUCACUUUGAUUAUCCAAGCCACAGAUGGAGGAACUGAUGUAAAAAAUGUGGCUUUUUCUGUUGUUCUUGUUAGUGUCCUAGAUGACAAUGAUUAUGCCCCACUGUUUUUGUUUCCCAGCCUGAACUGUGUGGUCAGUGAGAAUCUGCCUACCUUUUCUUUUGUGUGCACUGUUAAGGCACUGGAUUUUGAUAAAGGCGCCUAUGGCCACAUCACCUACUCCAUCCAGUCUUCAUGUUUUGCUCAUCGUGAUGCUCCUAGAGACCAUGACACAUUUUUCAUUGACUCUUUGUCAGGAGAUAUUCAUACAAAACAAAUGUUUGACUAUGAAAGUCAGAAUAGGUACUGUCUCAUAAUCCAAGCAAAAGACAAAGGUGACUUAUUGGCUACAACUACAGUUCACAUAGAUAUUGAGGGGAGAGAUGAAUUUGACCCAGUUUUUACUCAAGAUCAGUAUUUUUUUAAUCUCCCUGAGAAAAAUGAAGCAGGUCAGUUACUUGGCAAAGUGACAGCAUCAGAUAAGGAUGGUGGGCUGGACGGAGUUGUACAUUAUUCCUUGCUGAAAUCUUCUCCAUUAUUUUGUGUAAAUCAAACCAGUGGUAAUAUUUAUUUGACUCAAACUGUUCAUAGAAAGAAAAAUGGCAGCAAAAGGAAAGAAGAUACCCUGGAGUUGUUGGUAAAAGCUCAUAGUCCAAAAAUUGACUCGAAGUUCACUGUGUGCACUGUUUUGGUAAAUGUUUCUAAUUCUCCUGAAAGUUAUCCCAUAGGGUCUGCAUACAGCCUGAUAGUUACCAUUUUGGUCUCCUUCAUAGUAUUCCUAUUGGUUGCUAUCGGUCUUAUUGCCCUCGUUCUGAGAUAUAAGCGAAAAGACAUGACGAACUCUUGUGUGAGAAAAGCAGCAGCAUCCUCAUCGGCUGUUGAUUUAAGUUUGGCUAGUGAAGAUAAAGUCCCCAGGGACUGCCAGAAAAUCCAGAGUACUGAGAGCAGUAUGCUUCCCAUGGGCACCAUAGCAGAAUGGCUGAACUUAGUAGGAAUCAGAGAGGAGGAGGAUGUUGGUAACCCCUUUAGGCAUUCAGAUUCCAGUGGCCAUGGUUCAGCUGAAGGGGAAACAGCAGAAGAUGAGGAAAUCAAAAGGAUCAAUGAACAUCCUUGCAGAAAGAGAAAUGGUUCACCUUUAAGUGAGCGAGGCUCUCAGAUGCCAGAUUCAGGAAUUCCCAGAGAAUCUGGUCAACUAUCCUGUCAGUCUGGAGAAACUGAUGUUGUGGCUACCUGUCAAAGCUUGGAGAGCGUGCAGGCCCUUAAAGACGAAAUUGGAGAAGAAGCCUGUGACACAAACUAUGCACUUAACAAAAUGUUAUCUCAAAUGCUUAGGAAAAUUCAAACAAAAGAGAAAGACAUAAUAACAGACUUCACCAAAGAAUAUGUCUUGACCUCAAAUAUGCAGGACUGCCAACAUGAUUCCUUUGCAACUCUUGUCAUCUAUGAUGAAGAUCUCGAAGGGAGUUGUAACCAGGAUUAUUUUUUCAGUUGGGAACCCAGAUUUCAACCUCUUGCUUCAGUGUUUUGUGAUAUUGCAGAACUGAAGGAUGAAAAUGUACACAUUCUGAGCUCUCCUAAGGAGAAGAAAUCUAAUUUCCCUCCUCCCUUGAUAACAUCAGUAGCUCAACCUGGCAUAAGGACUGUGCCACCACGGAUGCCAAAUAUAACCUCAGGACAAGCAUUUACAAAAUAUGCCCGUUCUCCCCUUACUCAUGAUCUUGGAUACCCUUCACCAACCAUGACUCCCAGUUUUUCUCCUUCUCUCUCUUUACUUACUGCGCAAACACCUGCCACUUCUCCAGUAAUGUCUGAUGGGAGAAUGAUAGGAACAUGUCUCAUUGGUCCAAACCAUGAACUUGCAACAGGGGAAUAA